AUGACCGCUCCCGCACCGACAAACACCGUCGCAGGCACCGCCGCGCCCUCCACCACUGACGAUAUUGCAUCCACUAUCACAGUCAACACAAAGGCGCCUGCUAAUAAUUUCCCUCCCGCAAAGACGGACAAGCCACGUCCUCACGUCUGCGGCACUUGCCAGCGUUCGUUCGCCCGAUUGGAACAUCUCAAGCGACACGAACGCUCCCACACCAAGGAGAAACCCUUUGAGUGUCCCGAGUGCUCAAGAUGCUUUGCCCGCCGUGACCUUCUGCUGCGUCACCAGCAAAAGCUGCACCAGACUUCGACCCCGUCUUCCCGUCCUCGUAAUCGUCGUGAGUCCACAACCGGUGUCGCUCCUGGUCAGAGUCGUGCCCGAAAGAACAGCGUCGCUGGAGCCAACGCAGCUGCCGCUGCCGCUCCGGCUUCAAAUGCCUCAAACACCAUGCGACCCCGAGCCAACACCCUUGGCCAUAUCGACACAAUGGCUCUCAGUAUGGCCUCUGCCAAUGCCUCCGUGGCUCGUGGGCCUCUUCAUGGUCAUAGUAGACACCCCAGCCUCGCUGGCUUUCCAGUCCACACCAUGGAUCCUCUCUAUGGUGGCAUGUCCGCUGCUAUGGGUCAACGAGCUAUGCAACCUGGCAUCCCUAAGCUGGAAACAGGAGCUUUUAGUAACCUCGACUAUGUUAACCCUCUCAGGACGGCCCCGAUGUCCUUCAACGAGUUCGAUUUCGACACCAUGCUCUUUGGGACGGCCACGACAGUAAACCCAAACAAUCUCCAUUACAGCGACUCGCCGCAGGUGAUGAAUUUGGAAAACUCGCCCUUCGGGCACUCGAUGAACGACAUGUCUACGAACCCCCAGUUCGACGAUCCCGUUGACUGGUUGACUGGUUUUGAGCAACAGAUGUCAUUUGCGAACGAAAAUGUGAUUGAUGAUGGAUCGAGUCCGUCCGCAAUCAGCACGACGAGUCAGAGUGGGAUUAGCGAUGUUAUGUUGGAUGGGUCGAAUCAUCCCGCGCCGGCUGGGACCAGUACCAUGUGGCCGACAUCUGUGAUGGCUCCUCCACAGAUGCCCUCGAACCCUUUUGCGAUGGAAAUGAAUGGCACAGUCUUUCCGGAUCUCCUUAGCGGAGCACCGUUAUCACCUCAGCCAGCUACUCAAAAGAUGAAUGACCCUUACUUCUCUACGCCUCCACCCUCGCUGAGCUCAUUGAGUCCCUCUGUUGUGACGGGACUCGGCACCCAAAACAUUAACCAGACCCUUGGCUUCAACGCCGGCCCGGAGACGCCAUCUUCUCUAAAUGGGGGCAACCACGGCGCUUCGCCAGUGACCACCAUUACAGAUGCUACCCGGCAUGCCAUCGUGAACAUCCUGUCCCAGUGCCUACCCUUUGGGGGUCGUAAACAUUCUUUUACUUCUCAAGGAUCACCUCAGUCGCCACUUUCCCAGUCUGCUGGCAAUGCCGCCUCAUCCCAAGCAGCUAAUCUGCCCAGUACUCAGGACCUUCAGCGAUAUGUCGGUGCCUAUCUAGCAUACUUCCACCCCCAUUUGCCUUUUCUUCAUCUUCCUACUUUGUCCUUCGAUAUGCCCAUCUCUGCCAAUAGUCGUCCAGGUGAACGUCGAAAAGCCGAUGUCCGAAAAGCAGAUAUCCGCCGAAGUACCCCAACUGAUCAUAGCAAUGAUGGCGGCGCUCACACUCCCGUGUGGCUUGUGCAAGCCAUGCUUCUGAAUGUCGUCUAUGGCCAUAAUUGUGGCGACAAGACUGCCAGUGACAUCGCUUCUACGCAUUGCGCCGCCCUGGUCAGCCUCGCCCAAGCAGCUGACCUCUUGCGACCCAAUCGCACCAACGCCUCUGACGGUCAGGAUGUUCAGAUGAGUGAUGACCGAAACUGGAACACGAAUCUGGAACCCGAUCAGGCAGAGUGGCUGAGGUGGAAGUCAGGAGAAGAGCGGAAGCGAACUUUAUACGCAGUGUUUAUACUUUCCAGCCUCUUGGUUUCCGCUUACAACCACACACCUGCGUUAACAAAUUCAGAAAUUUACCUGGACCUCCCUUGCGAUGAAGAGUUCUUCUCAGCUGAAACGAGCGCAGUCUUCCACUCACGCGGUGGAGCUGAUGCUGCAGACCACAACCGAAUGACAUUUCACGAUGCAUUGGGUGACCUCCUCCAUGUCAAUGAGAAACAGCAUCAAUUCUCUUUUGGUGGACAGUUCGGCACCGAUGGAAGCGACCCUAUGAGCGCACCUCUUCGACCCAGCACAUUCGGAUCUCUGAUACUUAUCAACGCACUGCACAACUAUAUCUGGGAAACACGACAAAGACAUCACAACAAAAUCUGGACCAAUGAAGAGACGGAGAAGAUGCAUCGGCACAUCGAGCCUGCCUUGAAGGCGUGGCAAGCGGCCUGGGCAAGCAACCCUCAUCACAGUGUAGAACGCCCAAACCCUUUUGGUCAAGGCCCUCUGUCAGCUGAUGCGAUCCCUCUGCUCGAUUUGGCGUAUAUUCGGCUAUUCGUGAACCUUUCACGCUCAAAAGAGAAGUUUUGGCAAAGAGAUUGGGACGGGAUGGCUGAGGAGCUUUCUCGGGGAAAUGAGAUCGUUCAGCAUGCUGAGCAAUCACCGAUCUCAAAUUCUGAGUCUGGCAGUGCCGAACCUUCGGAUAACUCAAUCAAUGGCUCGGGAUUUGUAGAAACGCCUGCGACACAGACGUCAUCGAUGGAUUUCUCCAAUACUAAGCUUCCUCUACGGCCAGCAUCCUCUAGUAUGUCGAGUCACACUACAUCUCGCAGGGAAAAGCAUCUUCGGAAGGCAGCUUUCUACGCCGCCGACUCCCUCGCCAUGUCGGAUAAGCUCGGUGUGACCUUUGCCGACUUCACAAGUAGGGAACUUCCACUUCAGUCUGCCAUGUGCGCAUUCGAUUGCGCCCAGGUUCUUGCAGAGUGGAUUGCGACGUUGCAGGAUCGUGUUGGCUGCUAUUUGGGGAUCCUUGGUCAGGAUCAAGUCAAUCUCUCUGAGGUUCCUGCCAUCAUGCUUCUGGAGGAGGAAGAUGUGAAGCUGCUGGGCAAAGUUCAAGAAGUGCUAUCGUCAGCAGAGAUGAAGAUGAACAUGGAGCUUGUCAAUGGCAUGAACGGCCAGGAAGCCAACCUGGACAUGGGUGGGCACAAUGGCUACGCUGCCAAGCUACUCCGAAUCACUGCAUUGAUGCUUGACAAGGCUGCAGUCUGGCCAGUGACACGACUCAAAGCUCGAUGCCUGGAAUCUCACGCCAACUUCAUGCGAACACGAGCUGAGAGGUCUAUCAUACCCCAGCAAAACGCACAUGUGUAA